AUGACGUUGUCACAAAUUCAAAUUCGUGGAGUAAUUGCUAAAAAAGCAAAAGCCUUACACAUCAAUAUGUCAUAUACCAACUUUAAAAAAUUAGAACUCCAGCAUGUUGAAUUCUACUUAUCUGACAAUUUUCUGAAUACAAAGUCUACUAUCAAGCUCCUUUUACUUUUUCGGCUAACUUACCCUCAGCGAACAAGCAAAGAUCCAAGAGACGGCAAUGUGGGAUGUCCGGUGAACCAUAUAACAUGGUUUCAAAGAUACGAAGUAUAUAAGGAGGAUGGACCGCGCAAUGGAUCAUUUAUCAGACGGCUCUCAGGAUACGAUGGUGAUGCUGUCACUAGGCAUUUCUUGGGUUUUCAAUUCAAGCAAGAUUGUGAUUCACGGGAAGCCAAGAAUUUUAUUCGAGGGCAAACUCGCAUGCACCACUGGAAAAAGGACAUUUGCGAAGGAUAUGUUGAACUGACAUGUGGUAGUAUAAAUGAAUACCGUAUUUUGUAA